AUGGUGGCGGAUUCCGUGAUCGACGUCUGCAUCAAAUGCGCCGAUGUUCCAGCGGCCGAGAACAUCUUCGCGGAGAUGACGGCGCCAGGCAGCGGGAUCGUGCCCGACCACAUCACGUACUCCACGCUGCUGAAGGGGUAUUGCCAUAUGGGCGACCUGGACAAGGCGCUGCAGGUGGCCGCCACCAUCAAGGCGAGCGGCUUGCCCUGCGACGAGAUGGUAUACAAUUCCCUCGUGGACGGCUGCGUGCGUGCGGGCGACCUCUCCGCGGGCAUCGGCCUCUUCGCGGAGAUGAUGCGCUCCGGGGUGCAGCCGUCGGCGAUCACUCACGGCAUCCUGGUGCGGCUCUACCAGAGGAGCAGCGGCACCGCGGACGCGUGCGAGGCCGUCGCGCAGCUCUACGUGCACCACGCCCUGCCGAGGCCCGACGCGGCCCUGGAGCAGCGCAGCAAGCGCACCAGCGGCGGCCGCCGCGGCAAGCGGCAGCAGAGGGCCGCCACCGCCGCCGCGGCCUCGCUGCCACUGCCACAGGCGGCGCAGCAGCGGGUGCAGCUGGACCUCCACGCCGCCGUGCUGCAGGCGCCGACGCCGGCGCCCGCCAUGGCGCUCCCGGCUGCCGCGACGGCGUGGACGGGCGGCGCGCAGCCGCAGUUCCCUCAGGCCUUCGGCCAGGCUGGCAACCCGUGCGGCCUGCAGCGGCAGCCGCCCGCUCACACGCUGGGACACGACGCCAAGCUCCUGCCGAGCGGGGCAUGCAGUGGCCUGUCGUCUUACGCCCGGGUGCCAGACGCCUCGCAGCAGCUGCUGCCGCAGAGCGCCGCGGGCAUGCCUGCGAUGCCGACGUUCCCAGCGAGCCCUGGCCAGGUUCUCCAAGAGGCCAGCGGGCUGUUUCUGCAGCACGGCUUCAGCCCGCAGCAGUACCUGCAGCAGCCAGGCGAGCAAGCCCAGCAGAUGCCUGACGCCUCGCAGCGGAUGGUGCCACAGAGUGCUACAGGCAUGUCGUCGAUGCCGACCUUCCCGGCCAGCGCAGGCCAGGUUCUCCAAGAAUCCGGCGGAUGGUUCAUGCACGGCUUCAGUCCGCAGCAAUUUGUGCAACAGCCUAGCUUCCCGUGGACGGUGGCAAAUGAGGAGGUGACCAGGGUUUCUGAGCAGGCGCAGCAGAUGCCUGACGCCUCUCAGCGGAUGCUGCCGCAGCACGCCGCAGGCAUGCCUACGAUGCCGACCUUCCCGGCGAGCACGAGCCAGGUUCUCCAAGAGGCCAGCGGAUUGCUUCUGCAGCACGGUAUCAGUCCUCAGCAGGUGCUGCAGCUGCAGCAGCCCAGCCCCUCGUGGAAGGUGGCGCCCGAGGAAGCGAUCAAGGCUGCCGAGCAGCCCCAGCAGGCACAGGUGCAGGCCAGCGCCGUCGCGGAGGGCCGCCGGCUGGCGGGGCUGCACGGGGGCCCCGCGUCUUGGGGCGGCAUGUAG